CCCCCCCCCCCCCCCUCCGCCUCUCCCCUCUUCCCCGCGAGAGGCGCUCGAGGCCGCGGCGAGGAGAAGCAGCAGCGCGCCACCUCAACAAUGGCGAGCCCCUCCCUCCUCCUCCGCGUCUGUCCCUGGCUCCGUCUCCUGCAGGUGCUUCUCUGAUGCCGGCGCUUCCUGUGACAAGCUUGCGCGCGCGAUGGAGGGCUAUUCGAGGGACUUGCUUGGCGGGAUCGGCGGGGGAGACGCGCCGCCACAGGAGCAGAGGCCGGGACCGGCGCAGGCGGAGACGGAGACGGAGGAGGUCGAGCUGAGCCUUGGACUGUCCCUCGGCGGGCGGUUCGGGGUCGAUAGGAAGGGGGGUAAGCUCGUACGGUCGUCGUCCGUGGCUGCCGUCAUGAGGGCGCCCGUGGUGGCGGCGGCGCCGCCCGCGCUCGGGAGGACGAGCUCGGUGCCGGUCGAGGCGGAGGCGUCGGAGGCGGGGAGGAAGCAGGGGCUGGACGGAUGGGAUUCGUGCCGUGAGACCGGAGGUCUCGCCGUGGAGCCUGCGGCGAGCCUGCGGGCGAGCUUGAGCCCUUCAUCUGGCUCGUCGGACGGCGGAGGGCAUAGGUUGCAAGACACCCUCGUAAGGAGUGCUUCACUCCCUUCCGCAAUUGAUGCUGCUGGCACUCAGGAGUGGAGAAAGCGAAAGGCAGCUCAGAGUCUGAAGAGGCUCGAGUUGAAAAAGAAGAGGGUUGAGAGGAGGAACUCUCUCACUUGCAACACCUCAAAAGUAGGUGGGCAGAUCCUAGAAGAGGUGAAGGCGCACACUGACAAAUUGCAUCAGGCUACGAGCACAUCACACGACAGUUUGUCAGCAGUGCGAGGGAAGCCAAAUUCAGCCUUCAAAGGAACAACCACUGCUGAGGAGCACAGCCCGUCAUCAGCUGGUCCACCCACUGGUGAGGCUGCAAGUUGCGCAACAAGUUGCACAACGGUAGCAAGCCCACCAUCUUCGUCGUCUUCGUUGACUGGUAGAAUGACAUCCCUUGGCCCUAGGGGAAAUCAACGAAGCACUUCGGGCACAGCUGCAGCAAGGGCAAGGAGCAUGGGGGAUGUGGAGAGAGCAAUGAUGCAGGAGAUGCCGAGUGUGUUCACCAAGGGGCUCCCCAACGGCAACAGGGUGGAAGGCUUCCUGUACAAGUACAGGAAAGGCGAAAAAAUCAGAAUAGUUUGCAUUUGCCAUGGGAGCUUCCACACUCCUGCAGGGUUCGUGGAGCACGCUGGGGGCGGCAACGUGGCCAACCCGCUGCGGUACAUUGUCGUCAGUCCUCUGGAGAACCUGUGAACCUUCGUUGGCAGACCCAUGCAGGUGUUCUCUGUCGACAGCCUUGAGCCUAGCAUCAGAGUAGAUGUCAACGACAGAUUGUGUAGUAAGGUGCUUAUUAUGCUGAUGAAAUUGGGGGUAAAUUGCUCCAAGUCCUGCCGACAUCAUGGUGGUAACAUAACCAGACGAUAAUUUGUCUCGUCCUUCCUGUGUGUGCAUUAGUUCUGUAGCGACAGCCUUCAGCCUAGAAUCAGAGUAGAUGUCAUCGACAGAUUGUUGUAGUACAGUGCUUAUUAUGCUGAUGAAAUUGGGGGCCAUUUGCUCCCAUUCCUGCUGAAAUCUUUGUGGUAACAUGAACUGUUAAUAGUUGUCUUGACC